CCCCUCCCUCCUUCCCUCCCGCCUGAGAUGCAGCAAGGCUGGUGGGUCGGAUGCGAGAGCCAGCCCGGACCUGCUUCCCUCCAUCCUUGCCUCCCUCCAUCCUUGCCUCGCCGCUGCAGCAGCAUCAUUUGCACCCACCUCUUGCAGCCCCUCCAGCACCAUGAGCUGCCCCUUGCUCCUGGGCGCGCUGCUCUGCAGGAUGGGCAUGCUGGCCCUCCACCAAGGGUUGCUGGUUCGGGGAGUGGAUUUUAAUCAACCAGCCGACAAUUACACCGUUUGUCAGGGGGACAAUGCAACACUAAGCUGCUACAUAGAUCAGCAAGUGACACGUGUUGCCUGGUUGAACCGCUCCAAUAUCCUCUACGCUGGCAAUGACAAGUGGUCCAUCGACUCCCGUGUGGAGCUGCUAACCUACACCCCCUCGGAGUUCAGCAUCAUGAUCACUCACGUCGACGUGUACGACGAAGGGCUCUACACCUGUUCCUUCCAGACGCAAGACAAGCCCCACACCUCACAGGUGUACCUCAUCGUUCAUGUCCCAGCACGGAUUGUCAACAUCUCCUCCGCUGUGACCGUGAAUGAGGGAAGCAACGUGAAUCUGCUCUGCCUUGCGAUGGGGAAACCGGAGCCAACCGUAACUUGGCGGCAGCUGAAAGAUGGAUUCACCAGCGAAGGGGAGUUCCUGGAAAUCACAGAGAUCAACCGGCAACAGGCAGGGGAGUACGAGUGCAUCACGGCCAACGGGGUCUCCACCCCAGACAGCAAGCGAGUCCUUAUCACGGUCAACUACCCUCCGACCAUAACGGAUGUGAAGGACUCGCACCCCAUGAUUGGGAAGACAGCUCUUCUGCGCUGCGAAGCCAUGGCUGUGCCACCUGCCGAAUUUCAGUGGUUCAAAGAUGACAAACAACUAGUCGGCGGCUUGGACGGACUGCAGAUCCAGAAUGAGCGGACCCGCUCCAUACUGCUUUUCCCUAACGUCACACAUCGGCAUUACGGGAACUACACCUGCCUGGCUUCGAACAACUUGGGCUCCUUCAAUGUUAGCUUACGGCUUAUCAGACCAGGUUCCCUGGGAAACAUGGCAGCAGCGAGCAUGGCAUCUCCCCUCUUCUUGGGCUUGCUGUCAUCUGCCUUUGUGACUCUGUUGUUUAGGAUUUAGGACAGCCAGGAAAUGGAGCAGACCAAGGCAAGGAAACAAGUGAAAGGGAAAGAAUCCAAGAGAGGGGGGAAGAGAGCGAUAAAGAGAGAGAAGAAGAAAAAGAAGAUGUAUCUCUACUUUCUGGAAAAGAGGAAGAGAGCGAGAAAUGAAAAAAAUAUAUUGAGAACCCCAUCACUGUGAGGGAAUAGAAGAAAACAAAACAAAACAAAAAAUAUGCAUUUGUUUCUACAGCCAUUUAUCUUCACACGCCAUCUCAGACACUUCCAGUCAAACCUGAUAUUUAACACAUAACUGAAAAGACACAGGGCUCAAAAGGGUUGACUGCGAACACGGCCCUCCUGACCCCUGACCUCUGCGACGACAUUCGAAAACGGCAUCCUUCUUCUCCUUGGGCCAACUGGACCUUUCAUCUUGCAAAUGCACGGAACCAGGAAUGAUACUUCCACAAGGGAUUUUUAUCCUAUUGUUUUAGGGAUGGGCUUUUUCCUCCCAUUAUUUUUGCUCAUGUUUGGGGGUGUAAUUUUUGGCAGCUGACUGCAUUCAACUUUUGGGCUUCCCUUUUUUAUUAUUAUUUCCUUGGUUGACGCUGAGAUGAGAAGCUCUAUAGAACAUGAGAUUGGUCUCCCCCAUUUCCAGUUAUUCCAGAUUUGUGGUCUGUCUUAGCCAGCCUAGGUCCAGGCAAACUGCUAGAGACAUCGGGAUGUGGCUUAGCCCAGCUUCGGCAUCAAACAGACUUCCUUUUCGGGAAUACAAGGGAAGCCUACAUCGUACGAAUUCACUUUGCCAAAGCUCCGGAGAGGCCAGUGCUGAGAGUUUGAGUCUGCAAGCCUUUCAACGCCUUGCUGCUCCAAAGUCCUGGGAAGAACUCUAAGGCCACUGCGUCCAAACCACUAAGUUUUUAAGGCAUGGGAUUCUCCUUCUUUAAGACACAGGGGUAAGAAUGACCUCUCCUGGUGGUGUUUCUUGUCGGGUAACUGUCUGUUGCGUCUAGACAGAAAGCAAGAAACAGGCAUGACCAAUUUGAUUCUUCAUUGUGUUGCGGGAGGGUGGAGUGUUUCCUCGAACGAAAUCUCUGCUUGGAAUGUCUGCCAACUCUUGAAAUCAAUGACAUUUUCUUCUUUGGUUGCACUUUCUCACACAAUUUCUUCCUGGCAGAUCCCCAAGUGUUGGCGAUUCCCAUUCUCUUUCCCCCAAGGGGGCCAAUAUUGCUUAUCUCUCAACUGUAUAUUUCUUGAACAAAGGACUGUACACUUGAUUCCUCCCCUCUCCGUUAUUUAUGUCUUUCUUCUAUUCUGUUCCAUUUCCCUCGAAAUCUUACUAUUGUCCCUUGCAUGUUGGAACCUCUGGCAUCAAAGCUUCUUUCAGAUGGAAAUAUAUGGGCACCAUGUCGGGGAAAGUGGAACUAAAGGUUACGGGAGAUGCCCAGUUCCUGCUGAAAACCAGAGCGUUGCAAGAGAUAUGGCCAACAAGGUGCAGUUGUAAUUUAAUUAAGUAAUUCCCCGUGUGUUUCGGUGCCUUCAUCAGGAGCAUUUCUGUGACACAGAAUCGCAUCUCCUUCUAACGCACCAUAUUAAGAGAGGUUAUAAUUCCAAACCUGUCAAGAGGAAGAUAGUAAUUCCCAAACACAUUGGGAAUUGCUGAUUAAAUUAUAAUUACAGAAUGUCAGCCUUGCUUCUGGCACCUUGCCUGAGGUUGUUUUUGCUACUAUGCCACCCUGUGUCAACGUGGAGGUCUCUGAUCCAGUGAUGCUGCAGUGAGGAAACCUGGAAUGUGGUUGUGUUGUGCCAUUUCUUUGUCUUAUGCCACAUGAUUGGGGGCAAAAGGAAAGAGGAGACACAAGGUUGCUGGAUGCUGCCAUGACCUUGUGGCUCCUGUGAAGUGUUGUUUUCUCUGCAACAUUUGUGCAAUCUAUUGUCAAAGGCUUUCAUGGCCGGAACCACUGGUUUGUUGUGAGUGUUCCAAGCUGUAUGGCUAUGUUCCAGAAGCAUUCUCUCCUGAUGUUUCACCUGCAUCCAGGUGUCCCCUGGGCAAUGUCCUUGCAGGCAGCCAAUUCUUUCACACCAGAAGCGACGUGCAGUUUCUCAAGUUGCUCCUGACAUGACAAAAAAAAAACUGCAUCUAUGGCAGGCAUCCUCAGAGUUUGUGAUCUCACAACCUCUGAGGAUGCCUGUCAUAGAUGCAGGUGAAAUGUCAGGAGAGAAUGCUUCUGGAACAUGACCAUGCAGCCCGGAAAACUCACAACAAACCAAUUUGUGCAAUCGCUUUGUUAAAACACACAAUGGGAUUUAAAAAAAAACCUUACAAGAAACAAAGCCUCCCUUAACUCCCUCUCUAUUUCCAAUAUAAAUUAUGCAAUAUACAACAACACAUGUGAUUGUGCUCAAUUUUUACCAUUUUCUCAAGCAGCUAGAUUUCUGCUUGAUAUAUUUAAAAAUGCAGAAUGUAGGAUAUCAUGAUACAGGGCUCUGGUAUGUAUUUUCAAAUGUAGAGUUUCUCUACAGUCCUGUACAGAUUAUAUAAUGCAGCAGUAUGAUACAUUUGCAUAACAUGACUCUCAGAACUUUCUUGGACACUGGUUGGUUUCUUUUUCAUAUUGUGUCAGAAGCGACUUGAGAAACUGUAAGUCGCUUCUGGUGUGAGAUAAUUGGCCAUCUGCAGAGACGUUGCCCAGGGGACACCCGUGGGAGGCUUUUCUUAUGUCCCCUCAUGGGAUGCUGAAGCUGACAGAUGGGAACUCACCCCAUCUCAAGGAUUUAAACUGCCAACCUUCAGGUCAGCAGCUCAGCCAGCACAAUGGUUUAACCCAGUGGUUCUCAACCUGUGGGUCCCCAGAUGUUUUGGCCUUCAACUCCCAGAAAUCCUAACAGCUGGUCAACUAGCUGAGAUUUCUGGGGGUUGUAGGCCAAAUCACCUGCCAACCCACAGGUUGAGAAUCACCGGAUUAACCCAUUGCACCACCAUGGCUCCUGUUUAUCUUGUUUAUUUGUUUAUUUUGAGGAGGAUUCAAGGGAUUAGAGCCAAUUUCUAGCCAUAACAAUGUUGAAGGUUUGUGUGCAAUGCCUACCUAACUCUCUAAAGCCAAAGUGGUGGCUGGGUAAGAACUUAAAGCAUUAUCUUGUCUUUCCCCUUCACUAUGAGUAAAAAAAAAUUAAAAA